GGAACUUCGUGUUUUCUUUUUCCUUGUAAAUAGAUAGUACCAAGUGAGAGAUAGAUGGAUAGUCAAACAAGGAGACAGACAGUACACAUACAUAGAGACAAUACAGGUAUAGAAUAAACAACACUAACAGUACAUCCUACAUAUAUUAAACUACUUUUACCUGUAGUUAAUAUUCCUAAUCAUUUUCUAUCUCUCUCCGGCGUUGUUCAGGGUGGGAUAAGGGCCGUGGUAUGGACUGAUGUGUUGCAGCUUAGUGUCCUGAUGAUUGGUUUUGUUGUCAUCAUCAUCAAAGGUGUGGCAGAUGUAGGUAGCGUCCAGCAGGUGUGGGAGGUGGCUGUGAAACAUAACAGGGCAGGACCUCAGGCGUAUACAUAUGGCUACGAUCCCCUUAAACGACACACCGUUGCCAACAUCAUUAUCGGAGGUAUCUUCUUGACGGCCGUUCAAUACGGCAGCUCACAGACCUCCGUUCAGCGUUUCGCCAGCACCAAAAGUCUCUCCCAAGCUUAUUUGUCCCUAGUGAUGAUGAUACCUCUGUUUAUACUCGCCAUCUCUCUGGCCAUUUUUGCAGGUCUGGUGAUCUUCGCGACGUACGAGGGCUGUGACCCCCUAGCGGCUGGCCUCAUCGCCCACAAGGACCAGAUCUUGCCUUUCUUUGUCAUGGACCGCCUCAGUUCUAUUACCGGCCUGCCUGGUCUCUUUAUCGCCACGCUCUUCUCUGGGUCACUCAGUACCAUCUCAUCUGGGGUCAACUCUCAGGCAGCAGUCACUUGGGAAGAUGUGUUCGCUAAGAUACCCAGCUGCGCCUCCCUCAGUAAGAGAACCCAGGUCUGGCUCACGAAGUUGCUGGCUUUUGGUUACGGGAUUUUGGCGGUGGGUUUUGCUUUCUUGGCGGGCAGUUUAGGAGGCGUCCUGCAGGCAGCCAUCGUCGUCACGUCCUCCGUGGGUGGACCCCUGCUGGGUGUGUUCAUCAUGGCUCUCUUCAUGCCCUUCACUAACUCAAAGGGGGCGUGUGGAGGGAUGAUCUUUGGGACAGGAAUUGGUCUGGUCUUCAGUUUUGGCAGCUCGAUUACAGGAGUCAAACUCGAGAUGUUGCCCACCUCCACCGAGGCCUGCCCAGCCAACUUCACCAUCCCCCCACCUCCGUCCACCCCGCCUCUCAGAGUUAGCGACCUGGAAUUCCCGGAGAAGAUUCUCUGCCUCUCGUACACUCAGCUGGGGCCUUUGGGAACGCUGAUGGCCAUUGUGAUAGGCGUCUUGAUCAGCCUCGCCACAGGUAGGGCUGGAGGCCGACGUAUCGACAAGUCUCUAGUGCACCCCUGGAUCAGAUGGACACUACCUGACCCGACCACCGUCACUCGCAAGACCAAUGGUCACUCCUAUGACAAAAUAUCAACACAGCUUUAGUGUUGCUAAUGAAUGAAUGAAAAAAUAUAUAUCGCUUGUAGACUUGUAGAGAUUUAAGUCAAAUUUAUAUUAUCACAGUUUUAGAGGAUAUUUUUAUAGAAUUGGGAUAACAUAGGUUGGUCAUUUGGUGGAUUAUGUCGUAAGUUUCAAAACAUAAGUGUUUUUCAGUGGGCCGUCCUAGCCUUCGCCACCAAGAGGCUUGCCAGUUUAGUAAUAUAUUCAUUUAUAUAUUCGUAAUAAUUGAUCGUAUUCGAUGUUAAGCGAACUUUAUUAACCAAAGAGGUUGAGGAAAUGUGUAUCUUUAUAUGUAUAUUUGGUAUAUACUGUACAAGGUAAUUAUUGUUAUUUAGGAAUAUUUAUUUCUGUUUAAACAAAUGAGGUGUUUAAGCAAGUAUACGAGGUCAGCUCAUACACGUCUUGACCACCAUAGAGUGAGGAUAUGUUAGUUUGGUGCUCCUGUAGCUGCCUCUGUCACUCUGUUGACCCCCACCCUCCUCCCCACAACCCCUUCUUCUUUUAAAUAUCUUGCUGUCUCCGUCCCUUGUACCCUAC